GUAUCGGCAAGACAACCUCUCUCUUGACAUAUUCAAAAUUUCUACAUUUGCUGACAAGGUCAAGAGUUGUGUUUUAUAGUAACUAACUGACUGUGCACAGGCGUUUUUAGUUGAGCAAAGCCGUGUUAGGCCAUACAAGGCACUGUGUCACAGGGAAAGCCGUCAUUGUUAGAAGACAACAUGGAUGGCGCUACCGCCAGCUCGCCUCACAGUGGCCCUAGUAUGGACAUUCAGCAGAUAUGCUCGCAGAAUCUCGUCCGCCAUAUUCAGCAAGCCUCCCAAGGCUCUCCCCGUUGUAAUAUUCUCAUACUGGAUUGCAGACCGUUUUUGGUAUAUAACAAUCUCCACGUUUUGGGAGCCCGUAACAGCAUGAUCCCGCCCAUCGUGAAGCGAAGGUCUCGGGGAACGGUGGCUUUACCGACCUUAUUGCCUUCGGAAGAACAUCGGAACCGCUUGAUAUCGGGCCAUUACCACCUGGUGGUCGUGUACGAUGAAGACAGCGAGGAGCUCGAAUCAAUCUCGCAGCAGUCUAACCUGGGGAUAGUCCUGCGGAGUUUACGCUGCCAUGUAGAUGGGAAGGCUCUCCGAUUUCUGCAAGGUGGGUUCACGCACUUCCGUCAGAUGUACCCGGAGAUGUGCGCCUCGAAGUCCUCACUGUGCAAGGAAUUCGAGACCACCGUUCGUAUUUCGAAGGACGAAACGUAUGCUAAACAUGUUGAGGAGACUGGCCCGGCUGAAGUGAUGUCUUAUUUGUAUUUGGGCGAUUCUCGGCACGCCGCCCAGAAGUCCGUGUUGAAGAACCUUGGGGUGACGGCCAUUGUGAACGUGUCUAAGACGCUAGUGAACCACUUCCCAGAGGAUUUCGUCUACAAAACCAUUCCGGUCGACGAUAAAACAGACACGGAGCUGGCACCCUGGUUUAAUGAAACCAUCAGUUUUAUUGAUGAGCAGAGAGAGCGAGGCGGGAAGGUAUUGGUCCAUUGCCAGGCAGGCGUCAGCAGAUCGGCCACCAUUUGCAUGGCUUACAUUAUGUAUAAGCGAAAAUGUCCAAUGGAUGAAGCGUUCGACAGAAUACACAAACAACGUGGAGUAGUUUCGCCCAAUCUGAGCUUUAUGAGACAGCUUCAGACUUUUGAGCAGAAGCUUGACUUGGUGGAGCCGUCCCCUGCUAGGUCUCCCGUGCGGCCAUUGCCAUCACCUUGCCGGAUCGCAUCUAAUACAGGAUUCUGGAGCCCCUCGGAAGAGGGCUACCGCUGUGGCUUGUCUGUGGGUUCACUAGUUUCACCUUUGUCACCCACCUCACCAUUUUUGUCCAGCCCAUUGCUUUCUCCUAUCUGAGAUAUGCUGGGAUGCCAACCUUGGAUGAAGCAGCCGACGUCCUGUCGAAGUCUUUGAAUUCGGAGCUGGAAGAAAUGCGGUGACCAGCAAGCUCCAGCGGUGACCGCAAGUCGCGAUGUUGCUAGGGGACCAGAUGUGCUUCGGUGGCACAACGAAUGGUCAAAGUUUGUCGCUUGUCAGGGUCAAACGACCUGCAAGAAGAAGAAGUUUUGGCGCAGAGAAGAGGUGGCAAUCGUCAUCUAUGGUCAGUAGGACAC